UGAAAUUCUGAAUUGUUUUAGUCAUGUCCGUCCCUCUGUCCGUUUACUGUUUAAAAAUUCUCAACACUGCCAAAAAGGAAUAAAGUGCUAAAACGUGGCGAAUGCAAUCUUAAUACUUAGUUUCGUGGAUCAAAAGUGAAAGUGGUUGCCAUACAUACGUAGCAACUAAAAAACUAAAGCUCGAAAGAGAGAUGAAAAUUGAAAUGUAUUUCUCUUAACAAUUUCCGCCUUCCAAACAGUGUUUGCUGAGGCUCGAUCUUGAGCUGAUUGUCCUUCGCACUAGGGACGACGCAAGGCCGCUUAAGAAAAUCUUGCUUUUACACUGUGAGCUUUUUAUUCGAUUUCUUUCCAGAGCAAAAAAGAAAUUUUUCUUAUGCAAUUUUUGUUUCUGUUUUUUUCUUUCAUUUUAAAGGGCAAUCAUUUGUUCUCGAUCACAAGUCAUGUUAAAAUGUUUAUUGCUUUAGAUCGUGUUUACCAUCGCAAGCGAAUAAACAAAGCAAAGAAUAAAUUUCUCUUUUAAAUUAGCCUUCGACGUCAAAUUUCUUUAUAUUAUUUACACAAUAAUACUUUAAAGAUAAUUUGUUAUAAUUGUUCGUUUGUUUGUUAUUUUAUUGCUCGCGUUUAUUCCAUCAACAAUAAAGUUCACCCUGUGUACAUAUAUAUAUAUAUAUGUAGAUGUGCGUGUGAAAUGCGGAAAUGCGAUUUUUGUUUAUUUACCUUUACGAUCCCUGAAGUGCAUAAAUAUUUAUGAGCAACAAUAAUAAUAAUAAACAUAGCACGCCUCUUAAAACAUUAAACAACGACUCAAAGUUAAAAGCGCCAUAAAAUUGCAAUAAGUCUCUGUAAGUAUCUCUUAGAGACGACGAGUGCACACGAUCAUUAAGCGAUAAGAAAACGCACCCAGAACAUCUAUGCACACACACAUACACAUAUAAAAGCAUACAUGCAGGGAAACAUACACAAAAAAAACAUUAAAACAUACCUACAUAUGUAAGGCUUCGUAUAUAGAAAUGUAGAUUGAUGUGAUGUGAUGUGCGUGUGUGUGCGGGUUUGUGUGUUUGUGUGUUCGUGUAAAAGAAUUAAUCAACAUUGAAAAGAGCAGUUUUCGCGUUAAGACUCGACAAAAAUGAAUAGUUUACGAUCGACUGUAGUGUUUGAUACGACACCGCUGCAAAGACUUGAAAAUCAAAGCAGUUGCAGUGAGCCAUCUUCGCCGACUUUAAAUAGUGAGUUGUGCGUGGGUGGUGAUGCUCGUACUGUUAACAUUAAAACGCAUGCCAAUAACAAUAAUAACAACGGUUUACGCAAUACCGCAAACGGUUCUAUAGUCAAUGGCAACGGUAACAUAAUUGGUGGUAAUACAAGUGUUAUCACAACAACAACGACAGCAUCAUCAUCAUCAUCAUCAUCAUCAUCAUCAUCAUCAACAUCAUCAUCAUCGUCAUCAUCGACAGCUACAAGGGCUGCCAAAUAUGCGCUAAGCAAUUAUCACAACAAUAAUAGUAAAAUUGAUAAUAAAUUAAAUAAUUUCGUUGUCGGUCAUACAACGACAGUGACGGCAGUAGCUGUUGAAGCUGAAAAACGUGAAAUGGAAUUAUAUGGGACACGUAAAGUAUGCUGUCGCCUUCUUUUGGAUUUCCUGAUACUUGGAUGCGUUGGUCUUCCUAUAAUGGGCUUUAAUUUAUGGGGCGAUUCUUAUAAGCGUGGAUUCUUCUGUAAUGACGAUUCGUUAAUGCAUCCGUAUCAUGAGUCAACCAUACCCAGUUGGAUGCUGUAUUUUAUGUGUUUUGUGGUUCCAAUAACAAUAAUAACAAUCGUGGAAUUUUUUUCAACGCAUUUACACGAAAUGCACAUUUUUGGCAAUUUAUCAAUGAAUAAUUAUUAUUUGUGGCACUUGGAAAUACCCGACUGGAUUGUGGAAUGUUAUAAACACAAUGGUUUGCUAAUCUUUGGCGCUGGCAUCUGCGAGUUAACUACGGAUAUAGCAAAAUAUUCGAUAGGACGUUUAAGGCCACAUUUUUUUGCUGUUUGUCAACCGCUUAUGAAUGACGGCACAACCUGCGAUGAUAUACAAAAUGAAGGACGUUAUAUAGAGGAUUUUACUUGUCGCGGUUUGGAUUAUACGCCAAAAAUUUUAAAAGAGGCUCAUCUCUCCUUCCCCAGCGGUCAUGCAAGUUUCACUUGCUUCACAAUGAUUUAUAUAGCGAUUUAUUUGCAUAAACGUUUAACUGGCUUACGGAUGAAAAUGUUUAAGCAUUUACUGCAGUUUAUGUUUUUGAUGUUCGCUUGGUAUACAUCGUUAACACGUGUAUCCGAUUAUAAACAUCAUUGGACCGAUGUCUUGGCCGGCUCACUGAUCGGCUAUCUUUACGCUGUCAUAGUGACUUGUUCCAUGUGGUGAUUUAUCUCUCAAUGCAGCCAUAACAUUACAUCACGUGUUGUGUUCUACUUUUAUGGAAAAAAA